GGUGCUCUCAUGCCACUGACUCGUCAUCCGUCACAUCAGUAGGAUAUUUAGCACGUGUCAAUUGCUUAGAAGUUAUUAUUUUUGCAAUUUAUCAGUGAAUCUUUAAAUAAAAUCCAACAUUUUUGAUCAACAACUGUUGCUUUUCAGCUCUAAUAAAAUAAACAAUGGAACCGGAUAGUUUCAAGGAUUUUGCCAAAGAAAUGGCAGAAUAUAUUGUUAAUUACUUGGAGAAUAUCCGUGACAGGCCAGUUCUACCUACAAUAUCACCAGGAUACAUGAAACCCCUUUUACCUUCAAGUGCACCACAAACUCCUGAAAAAUGGCAAGAUAUUAUGGCAGAUAUUGAAAGAGUCAUUAUGCCUGGAGUAACUCAUUGGCAUAGUCCUAGAUUUCAUGCUUAUUUCCCAACGGCACAAUCUUAUCCAGCUAUUGUUGCGGAUAUGUUGAGUGGAGCAAUAGCCUGCAUUGGAUUUUCAUGGAUCGCGAGUCCAGCUUGCACAGAAUUAGAAGUUAUAAUGUUAGAUUGGUUAGGAAAAAUGUUAGAUCUUCCAAAAGAAUUCUUGGCAUGCAGUGGCGGCAAAGGUGGUGGAGUUAUUCAAGGAACCGCAAGUGAAGCAACUUUAGUGGCACUUUUAGGAGCAAAAGCCAAAAAAGUUCGCCAAAUGAAACAAGAUCACCCUGAAUGGACCGAUAAUCAAAUUAUUGAAAAAUUAGUGGCUUAUUGUUCUCGCCAAGCUCACAGUUCAGUAGAACGUGCUGGACUAUUAGGUGGUGUUCAAUUUAGACAACUUGAUGUUGACUCUAAAAAUAAAUUAAGAGGUGAUACACUUGCUGCUGCUAUCAAAGAAGAUAAGGAGAAGGGUUUAAUUCCAUUCUAUGCAGUAGCAACACUUGGUACCACUUGUUGUUUGGCCUUUGAUGCUCUAGACGAAAUGGGUGUUGUUUGCAAUCGUGAAGAUGUUUGGUUGCAUGUUGAUGCUGCUUACGCAGGAUCUGCAUUCAUUUGUCCCGAGUUUCGGUAUUUGAUGAAAGGAAUUGAGCUUGCAGACUCUUUCAACUUUAAUCCACACAAGUGGAUGCUUGUUAACUUUGACUGUUCAGCGAUGUGGUUAAAAGAUCCAACUUACGUUAUUAACGCCUUCAAUGUAGAUCCUUUGUACUUGAAGCAUGAUAUGCAAGGUUGUGCUCCAGACUACAGACAUUGGCAAAUUCCUUUGGGUAGAAGAUUCAGAUCUCUUAAACUAUGGUUUGUCUUACGUCUUUAUGGUAUAGAAAAUCUUCAGAAAUUUAUAAGAAAACACGUAGCCCAAGCUCACGAAUUUGAAGCUCUCGUGCGUUCAGACCCACGUUUUGAAAUAGUAGCUGAAGUAAUUCUUGGACUAGUUUGCUUCCGACUCAAGGGUUCUAACGAACUGAAUGAAACUCUUCUUAAACGAAUCAAUGGUGCUGGCAACAUUCAUUUAGUUCCAUCAAAGUGUGGAAGUGCUUUCUUUCUUCGUAUGUCUGUUUGUUCACGAUUUAGUGAGAGUAAAGACAUUCAAUAUUCUUGGCAGGAAAUAAAACGUCUUGCUGAUGAAUUACUAGCGGAAAAUCAAUCAAGUGAAUUUAAAAAUGGAGUUGCGAAGUAAUUUCUUUCAUCAUUGCCAUUUAACCACAAUGAAUAAUGAAACUUAUUUUAACAACUUCAAUCAAUUAUGAUUGAAAAUGCAUCAUCGAUGCAUUGACACUUGAAAAAUAAUUAAAUUGUAAAUACAUACAUCGAACAAAAAGUAUUCAACUACUUAUAACUAUAUAUAUUUAAUUAUCUAAAUGUUGUUAUAUAUGUAUUUAUUAUUGUUUUAUUGAUUCGCAUAAUAGUUUAAUAGAGCAAGAAAAUUAUUUACUAAUUGUGAAUAAAAUCUAUAGAAUAAUUGCUAUAGUCGCUAAAGUUAUCAUUUAUGUUUUUUAUAUUUAAAUUUUAUUGCACAAUAGCACUGCAACCAUGACAAUAAAAAUAAUAAUGGAAAUAAUAUUCAUAAAAAUAUUAAUAAUGUGAAUAAAAAUAAUAAACAAUGAAAGACAGACUUGAAUGCUUUAAGUAAUACGUUAUAUUUUGUGGGACCAGUUUACAAAAUAAUUGAUGUUUCUAAUAAUUGCAAUAACCACAGUAACGUUGACCUGUAUAAUUACUGGAUAUAAUCAUAUCAUUGUUUCAAUUUAAAUGUUAUAAAAUAAUUAUCUAUUCGUUUACUGUUUAAUGGAUUAUAAUAAAUUAUUGUUGUGAGCAAAACA